AUGCCUCGCGUCACAAAGACAAAGGCACCAGUUGUCGCAACUCCAAGACGCGCAACUCGCAGCACUGUUCGCGCCGGCAGCGCCAGUCUCGAAGAGCCCAUCGAGGUCCCCGCGCCCAGAAGACGCAGCUCGCGCUCAAAGACGCCAGAAUCCAAGAACUCGUCGUUUGAGAAGUCGCACCUCGAGCCUCAGCUUCCCGCUCUCGCCGAGGAGGAAGAAAAACAGUCACCUCGCGUCGUUCUACCAGCACCAUCCCAGGUCGCACCCAUCGCAGACGCAUCACCUUACGUCACUCCAUCACACUACCACAUCGCUUCCACGCGCAACCCUCUAUACGUCUCGCCAUCCGCCAGCCGCAGUGCUCAACAGUCGCCUGCUGCCAGCCAGAGUUCGCCUACUGUCAGCCAGCUCGUCCACCAAUCACCUGCCGGCAGCCGCAGUGUUCAACAAUCACCUACCGUCAGCCAACUCAUUCACCAAUCACCUACCGUCAGCAAGACUGUUCAGCAGUCUGUCGAAAUCUACAUUGACGACGAUCAAGCUCAAGACGAUCACGAGACCCAGAACAGCGUCGUCGUUGAGGACGACCAAGAAGAAGAAGAAGAAGAAGCUGUCCAGGCAGCUGUCGAGUCACAGCUUGCCAACGAGACAGCCGAGGCUGGUUUGUCACACUCUCAUCCUAUCUCCCCUGCUCUGAAGACUCCCCAUCCUGCAAGCCUUGCCGGUCGCUCUUCCACCAAGAGAAGACGUUCCGCUAGAAGCGGCGGCUUUCCUCGCACUCCCACCUUCGACAACAGCACAUUGUACCACAGCCCACUGGGCGAAAUCUCUGGAAACAUCCCUGCUUGGAAAGAGUUCUUCCCUUCUUCAUUGUUUGAUUCCUCUUCACCUCAGCGCUCACCUGCUUCUCCUGCUUUUGCAUCAAUCUCGCUCAUGGAUCGCGCCAUUAAGAACGAAGAGAUCCUCCCAGAGCUGACCGAUCGUCAACGCACAGCGCUCCUUAUCGACAUGCGCAGAGAGAUUGUGCGCCUGCGCAAAGUCGAAGAGCAAUUCCUCGCUGCCUCCAAGCAGGCUCAGCCUUCUGCCAAAUCAUCACCUCAGCAACCUGCCGUUCAGCAACCAUCACCCGACAUCCCUCGCACCAUCAACCGCAUUGGUGACCUUCGUUACCACAGAAGCAUUGCGACACCUGCCAGAAAGAGACUCUUGGCACAGCGCGAGGCCGAGGCUGCUGCUGCCGCUGCCGCAGAGGCUGAGCAGGCCGCCAAGGAACAAGCUGCCAGUGAGGAACAACAAAUCACCCAGACUCCUUCGCACUCGAGCCCAUCGCCAAGCGAGCACAAGCGCAAGAGCAAGACUCCUCAGAGCAGUCCCUCCGAAGCCCAGACACCUCAGAGAUCAUCGCAAAACUCGGAAUCAGCUCAGACACCUGCCGCCGCUGCCUCUCCAGCUUGGGGCCUCACUUCUCUCUUUGGCUCUGUCAAGAGCAUCUUCACCCACCGUCCCAGCUUCUCGCCAGUCAAGCAGCUCCAAGAGCAGCCUCAAGAGCAACGCCAGGAGCAGCAACCAGAACAGUCUCAGCAAGCACAGCAGCAGCCUCAGUUCACACCUUCACCAUCCAAGAAGCAAAGACGCAUUCUCUCUUCUUCGCAGCAGAGCCCCACUCCAAAGCCCAGAACACCGGCACCACCUGCAACACCUGCCCCUGCUCCCGAGGAGGCUGAAGAUGAUGGCCUGUAUGGUCAGACACCCAGAACCACACGUCGCCGUGGUGUGCUGCCCGGUUCAAUGCCUCGCAGAAAACGCGACGCUCCCUCGAAGCCCAAAGAGACCAAUGCAGAUCUCAGAGCAUCACAACUCGAAGUGGCAGCUCAAAAGACAGUCGAGCGCGAGCGAGCUGAAGAGAAGGCCGCAAGACUCGAGCGUGAGCGUCGCGAGAUUGUGGAAGAACUGAAAAAGCGUGACGCGGCCUACAACGUCGGCGACAAGAGAAAGAUCAAUGUCAACGUCGACGAUCUCGCUGUCAUUCCCAGAAAGGCCAAGGGCGCAGGCUCAGGUACAUACGGCCUCGUGGACGAAUUCUUCGAAUACGACGAAGCUAGUGACUUUGUCGAGAUGGAUGAAGAUGAGGUUCAGCUGCGCUCAGCUUCUGAGCACCCAACCAAGAGGAUCAGACUUGAUGAGAAUGUCUUCCAGCCAAAGACACCUGCACCUCAGCCUACUGUCACCAGUCCUGUCAAGGCAGCACCACAGCCACCUGCCAUCCCUGCAACACCUACUCCCAACUAUUCGCAACUCGCCCAACAAGCAAUUGAGAAGCAACGUCUGCAGUUCUCUAAGCACCAGCCUCAGAAACCUUCGCGUCUGCGUCAAGUCCAGCGUCAAUCAAAUGGCAGCACUGUUGAUCCCUCUUCGCCACAGCAGCCCAUCACUGCUCCACAAGACACUCAAGAAGUCGGCGCACCCAUCCAAGACAUUCAGGAGGUUGCUGCUCCCAUCCAGGAAACUCAGGAAGUCGCUACCACUGCUCAAGUGCCUGAGACAGCUGUGGCAAGAGUCUUCAAAUGGCCAGAGUUGGGACCGUCCAUGGAGACACCCGAGACUUGGGCCAAGAUUGACAAGAUCUACACACCCGAGCUGAAAGCACUUGACCAUGCGUACUUCAUGAAGAAGUUCGAGGCCGCCAUGGCCAACUCACAAUAA